CUUCUUCUCGGGAGGCAGACCAACCAAACUCCAAAGCGCCUCUGCGAGUGAGAGAAACAAACUCUAAACCCACGCCCCUCCUGCUAUUUCCAGAACCGCUGUGCCGAGCGGACGCGGACAAGAGAAGCAGCAUCUUCUUGUCAGCUCGAACAAGGGACCUGACUCUUGAAAGCCGAGGUGCAGGGCAAACCUCAUGGACUCCUGUUAGUGCUUUAACAGUUUUCGCUUCUUGGAGGAUCUGUGGAGGGAAACAACGAGGCGUGGUGCGCCAGGAUGCUGCGGCUCAGUCCGAUUUUCACUUUGACAGCAGCGGCGGUUGUUGGGCUGCUGACUUGUGUGCUGUCCUUCAACGUGGACCAGAAGAAUAGCUUGUCCUUUAGCGGCCCGCUGGAUGACAUGUUUGGCUACACUGUCCAGCAGUUUGAGAACAACGAGGGAAAAUGGGUUCUGAUCGGAUCGCCUCAUUCGGGCCAGCCAGCGAAAAGGACCGGAGACGUUUACAAAUGUCCUGUUGGACGGAACAACAACACCUGCAUCAAGCUGGAGCUCCCAAAAAACACAACUGUUCCCAACAUCCAUGAAGUGAAGGAAAACAUGACCAUGGGAACCACGCUGGUGACCAAUCCCACUGGAGGAUUUCUGGCGUGUGGUCCCCAGUAUGGCUACAUGUGCGGCCAGCAGCAGUACAUCUCAGGAGUUUGUGCAAACGUCAGCUCAUCGUUCCAGAUCCUAAACUCCGUAGCCCCUGGAGUACAAAAUUGUUCGGCAAACCUGGACAUUGUCUUUGUGCUAGACGGAUCAAACAGCAUCUACCCAUGGGAGAGCAUUGUUAACUUUCUUGUCCGCUUCUUGGAUAAAAAAGGGAUACAAAUUGGGCCUUCCCACUCACAGGUGGGUAUAGUAUCCUAUGGUAUGGACGUGACUCACCGUGUCAACCUCAGCCAGUUUGACAACAACGAAGAUCUGCUUAAAUUUGUCAAAGACCUUCCUCGACACGGAGGGACAAAGACUCAUACUUUCUUGGCCAUCGAUACUGCCAGGAAGGAGGCCUUCUUGCCAGAAAGAGGUGCGCGGCCGGAUACAAAGAAAGUCAUGGUGAUUUUGACUGAUGGAGAGUCACAUGACUUCCACAAAGAAAAUCAAGUCAUCAGUGACUGUGAAGCAGAUAACAUCGAGAGGUUUGGCAUUGCUGUUUUGGGAUACUAUAGGCGUGAAAAUAAAACUGAAAAAGAAGUGGAAAAGUUUAUCAAUGAGAUCAAGUCAGUAUCCAGUAAACCGGUACAAGAUCACUUCUUCAAUGUUUCCGACGAGCUGGUUUUGGAGAACUUUGCAGAAACACUGGGAAAUAAGAUUUUUGCCCUGGAAGCUACAUCUGGAAAUUUUACCUCCUCCUUUGAGAUGGAGAUGUCCCAAGCUGGAUUCAGUGCCCAUGCUUCUAAAGAUGGUUUGUUACUUGGAGCAGUUGGAGCAUAUGACUGGAAUGGGACAGUGGUCGUGCAAACUGCCCAUACUACAAUUACACCUAAAAGAGAUGAGUUUUCCAAUCCAAAGAUAAACUCAGGACUGGCAGCAUACUUUGGGUAUGACGUUCAGUCUGCAUCCACGCCUGGGGGAGUGCUAUACAUCACUGGGGCGCCACGAUACAACCACACAGGCCGUGUAGUGAUCUACCGCCUGAAGGAAGACAACAGGGUCGACAUUUUGCAGACACUGGAUGGGGAGCAGAUUGGCUCCUACUUUGGCAGCGUGCUGCAGACUGUUGAUAUCGACAGGGAUUCCUACACUGACCUCCUUUUAGUUGGAGCUCCAAUGUACAUGGGUCCAGAAAGAGAUGAGCAGGGUCAAGUCUACGUGUACAAACUUAAUGAGAGGGGCACAAAGUUUGUCCACAAGUUUAACUUAACGCCUGUCAACCAGUCCUGUUGUACGGCUCACUCAGACAGCUGUGCCAUUAAAAACGAGCCCUGUGGUGCUCGGUUUGGUACAGCCAUAGCUGCGGUGUCCGAUCUUAACCUCGAUGGGUUCAACGACGUGGUGAUCGGCGCCCCUUUUGAGAAUGACCACAGAGGAGGCGUCUACAUCUACCAUGGGAGCAACGAUAGGUUGCUGAAGGAGAAAUAUGUACAGCACAUCCCUGCAGGCGGAGAUAAGGUGAAGUUCUUUGGCCAGUCCAUACAUGGAAUCAUGGAUCUAAAUGGAGACGGAAUCACCGACGUUACCAUAGGAGGUCUAGGAGGGGCUUCCCUGUUCUGGUCGAGAGAUGUUGCAGAGCUGCGUGCCAGCAUGAAAUUCGACCCUAAUAAAAUCAACCUGCAGCAGGCCCAGUGUGAACACAGGGGGCGUAAAUCUGCUUGUGUGAACAUCAGUGUGUGUUUUCACUAUCAUGUUAAGUCUGACAAGAAAGAUGUCGAUUUAAAUGCAGAAAUCCGCUAUAGUAUAACUCUGGAUGGUCUGCGUGCCAAAGCCAGGGCUUCGUUCACCAACACGGACUCAGAUAAAAGUGAUCGUAAGACGACGAAGACAUUCCACAUCAAAGACCAAGAAGAAAAAUGCAUGAAGGAAACAUUCAUCAUGUCGGCCCGACUGGACUUCAGAGACCCGCUCUUGGUGUCUUUGGACUUUGGACUUGUUAACGAGGACCAAGGCCCCGUCCUGGAUGAAAGCCUACCCAAAUCUAUCAAUAAGACAAUUCCUUUGGUGGACUGCGGAGAUCAUAAAAAGUGCAUCACUGACCUGUCCCUCAAAGCAGAGCCAAGUGAGAAAAGCAUGCUGAUCAAAGUCAACACAAAAGAUAAGCUCGAAGUGAGCAUUGACAUCAAGAACAGAAAAGACAGCGCCUACAACACCAAGGUUAUUCUCAGCUUCUCACCGAACAUCAACUAUGUUAAAGUCGAGCCAGAGAAAGAGUGCACACCGAAUCACACAAGGGUGGAGUGCGCUGUUGGAUAUCCCUUCCUGGGAAGCAAUGCUGAGGAUCAUUUUAAAGUGAAAUUUGAGACGGACUCAUCUCACAUUCAGGAAAACAUUUACAUCAACGUGACAGCUGUGAGUGACAGUGAAGAGCAUCAUAGCACCCUUAGUGACAACAACGUGCAAAUCUCCAUCCCUGUGAAAUAUCAACCUGGAGUCAUACUCAAUGUGUACCCUACAGAUACACACGUAACAAUUGAAGAUGAUGAAGAGUACUCCUUGAAAGACAACGACUGGAUGUCGUUCGAGGAGGUCAACAUCAGCUACACGGUGGAGAAGGCAGGCAAUACCCUCACCCCGCCUCUUCACCUCACUGUGACGUACCCUCAUCGGUCUCCCCUGGCCAACACCUUGCUCUUCCUGACGCGUGUUACCUCCAGCAUCGGGGUGAAAUGUAACCACGAUAAACUCCCAAAGGCCGUCGACAGACGCACACCAAAAAAGGAAACCCUCACUUUCUUCCUUCUGCAAUGUGGACAAACAGCGUGUGAAUCAUUUCGCUGCUCCAUCCCCCAAACCAACAAGAGUCAGGUCGACCUCACCUUCAAAGUGUGGAAGCCCACGUUCAUUAAGGCUGAGUUUUCUAGUUUAACCAUGGUGGUGAAUGCCUCGUUGACGUUCGACCAGAUUCAUCUGUUUGAACUGGGCAGCAAUGAAAAGAGCAGUGCGAGGAUCCAAGUUUCGAAGGAGACGGUCGGAGGCAUCCCCUUUUGGAUCAUCAUCGUCAGUAUCUUGAUAGGAUUGUUGAUCUUAGCGCUUGUCAUCUUCAUCCUCUGGAAGCUUGGCUUCUUUAAGAGAAAAUCCCGGGACUUUUCAAAGGAGGAGAUGUCGGACUGAGGCAGCAACGCGAAGCUGCACUGAGUGAUGUAAAUUGACCCAAGAAAAUGGAAGAGUUGCCAUAAAACCACGAGACACCUCAGAGCUGCGACAUAUGGACUAUCAGGAGGGGGGGAAAAAAGUUAGCGUCACUAUUUCCUACAUCGUCGUAUGCCACAUAGUGAUGGAGAAUACCCUUAAGCUCCUUUUCAAGAACUGCUUUAAGCAGCUGGUUGUAAUAUUUUGGGCUCCUCCGAUGGGGUGCACAGAAGAGCCAAAGACACUCACUGUAAAUCACUGUAAAUGUGGUGUAUUUGAUUACUGUUUUCACUUAUAUUCUUUUCUUUCUUACCAGCCUAUUUACAAAGUAGCAUCUUUGAAAAAGAAAAACUACAUACUAAUAGUUGUUGUGAAAACAAAAAAAAAAAAACUACUCAGGUUUUUUCACCAUAAAGAUCCAAAGUUGCCUAUGUCACCGAAAAUACUUAACAUUGCAGCGAUGACAGCAAAAGAUGGAAAGGAAGAAAGACGCUUUUUUUUUUUAUCAAUUUUACUUUUAAGUGUUCGAACAUGUUGGCUUCAUUAAUUUUUUUGAAACACUGUACUUUUAAGCGUUUCUUUAGCAUUUUGUGGUUGUUGCUUGAUCGUAACUAAACAACAUGGCACAUCUUUUGUUUCUAGUCAGCUCCAGAGAUAAACGGGCGUAGUUAGCGCCCAGGAGAGCCUUCCCUAAUUCAGAUCUACUGUAAAUAGAAGAGCUAAUGGAUGUAAAGCUGUAAAAUGUACAGAGGUAUUUUGCAUUUAAUUUAAUGUUUCUGGAACAGGUGAUUUUGCUCAGGUGCUCAAAGAAUAAAAGACUAUGUUUGCUUUUGACAUGUAUGGAAAAAAAAA